AUGUCAUUCUUGGUCUACUUGUUGAAGGCUGAGCCAAUGAAUGCCACCGACUUUGAGACGAUGCUCUAUGAUUGUGUCUUCCCAUUGCCAUGUCACACGAUAGUCCAUCCAUCAUUGCCACCAGGACAUUACUACCUCUAUGGCUGCUUCCCCGGCACCCUGUUCAACUUCAACAAACAUAUCAAAAAACAAUAUGCCAACUACACAGCUACCGAAGUUACUCAAGAGGACUUUAUCACCGAGAUAACGACCAAUGCCACAGCACAGGCCAUAAUCGAGAGGAAUACCUCGGAGGUCCAUAAAGGCGAUGAGUCCACUAGUGUCUACACCUUCUACAACAACAACAAUCGAUUUACACCGAACUGUAUGCCCUUUGUCGAUCAAUUUUUAGAAGAUGGUGCAGCAAGAGGUAGUCGCAAACUUGUGACAAUCGAUGCCAACAGACCAUUGUUCGUACGAUCCAACGAUCCAGCUCACCAACCAUUUGGAUUCUGUUUGGACUACAGUGUAUUUGUCAAUGAUGAACAUCCUGACACGCCACUCUGGGACCAGGUUGCGAUUGGACAACCAAUUGCCCCUCCUCCAGGACAUUUGUUUCAUUUGUUCUUUGCUGACCAGGCGGAAACAAACACCCAAGACUGCUUAUCCGAUGCUAUUGGAUGCACAGAGCAUCGAGACAUUAGUGACUACAUUGACUAUCUUGGAUUUGACAUGAAUGGUCAGAACAUAUACAAAGACACACGAUCAUACUGUUCACUUCCAACUGUUGAUGGAGCGUCUACCGUGGACCUAUCGCUCCAACUAUACACCAAAGCAAUCAACUCCAUUAGUCGUUUAACUUCAAUCUUUCCUUUCCAUAUCCUACAACCAAAGACAGCCAAACUUCGAAUGGACUUUAUACAAUCGUUCACACAGUUGGCGCCAUCAAGACAGGCAUUGACCAUCAUCAAUAGCAUUGCAAGAAAUUCUGGAGUUGAGCAAACUUUGAAGUUUGUCUAUCAUAUGAUCAUGUAUCAUUCAAUCCCAGACGAAACCAUCUUCCACAUCCUCAAAUGGAUCUGCAUUGACAACGAUCAGUCAUUGAGGGACCAUACUUGGAAUAUCAUGGAAAAUAUAAUCCAUGGUCGACCAAAUCUUCUAUUGAUCAGACGUCCAAUCAGGAUUCCACCAAUGAGCGGUAUCCAUGUAUCAAACUUUGGAUCACAAUAUCCUCCUAACGAGUCGUCCAAACAUCCAACGUACAAUAUGUCACUGGCAGAGUUGGCUUGCUACGUUGAAAAUAAUGGUAUUCUUGAGAUUACUGUAGGAUCAUCAUACACUGGCGAGCCAUUCCCAACCACAAUGGAUACAUUACUGCGAUUUCCCAUCAUCACCUAUGGUGCCGAGCUGCUCAUUGAUAGAAACCCACACUACUUUGAGCGCAACCCGGAGGCCCGUCCUCUCUGGUCCUUGGCACAUAACUUCAGUUUGAAUGGUCCGGAUAAGGAGAGGGAUAUGGCCGAGUUCCUUCGAGUGAUUGCCAGACUGAAGAAGAUGCCAGGUUUCAGCUCCAAGAUACCCCACUUCCCAACGAUCGAAGACUUGUGCAUAAUCAAUGCAAAAUACAGCCUUUACAACACGAUUAAGGCACAUGGAAUCAACAUCCAAGUGCGAGAGCCACACUGUGCCGAGUUGCCAGAUUGUUGCAGCGCUCUGGGAAUAAUCAUCACAGCCAUGGCCCCAGCACUUCUGAAGGACUACCAUCAAUGUUUCACACAGGCCAGCCAUCAUGUCAGCGACAGAUUGAUCAUUGACUCAGUGAACUUAUUUGGAUUCAGAGUGUAUCCUCUAUAUACCAUUAGGUUCAAGGACUCGUCAUGGCCACUAUACUUGCGCGGCACCAAGAUACCAUUUGUCUCACUCAUUUAUAAGAUUAUGGACAUCGAGGACUUUGUGACUAUGCUCAACUUGCCAGGACUACCCCUGGUGGACAAGAUGGUGAUCAACAUGAUUCACUGGUAUGAGUUUCUACCAAAGGGGAUCAAAGUAGCUAAACCCGACUUUGAGACUGGCACGCUAUUGGAUGUAUACCUAAUGGUUGGAUCAAUCAAGGCAAUCAAACAUCUCAUCUCAACGUAUGGUGUGCAGUGGAUCACCAAGCAGACAGAGACACUCAUUCAGAAAAGGUCUCAGGCGGAACAGAAGGUGAUAAAGUCAUUGGUGGCUGAUCAUCGGUUGAUCAUGGGAUUGGAUACCAAGAUACGUGGCGGUGGUGGAAAGUCGUUGUCAUCAUCCAAGAAGAAGACUGGCAAGACCAAGGCAACCCUAUCACACGCUCAAUCUCAGAGUCUACCUUUACAAAAUGAUGAUGCGACCACAAUGGACCAAACAAAGAAGGAAGAUAUCGAGGUUGUAGUCGACUCAUUGGCGGAUACACACAUUCAAUCACAAGCCCAAUCAAUAAUAACUACCUCGACCACUUAUUCAUCAAUCCAACCGCCGCCACCAGUUAUCCAAAUUGAACAGUACGAGCGAACAGUUGGCAAGUUCAAGUUCAGCAGGAAGACGAUCAUUGGACGUGGAAGCAAUGGCACUCUGGUGUACAAGGGUGUGUGUGUGACAGACAACUUGGUGAGAUUCUUUGGAAUGGAAGAGAAUGAUGAUUACUUUUACUUGGCCACAUCACUGUGUGAGAUGUCACUUCAAGAGUUGGUCGAGGCUCAUAUUGACAGGUUCAAGUCAUUGGACGAACAGACAUUGAUCAAUGACAUUGUGAAUGGCGUCCGAUUCCUUCACAACAACAACAUCAUCCACAACGAUCUCAAUCCUCGCAACAUUCUGUUCAAAGACAACCACCUGUUCAUCACUGACAUGGGACUGAGCAAGAUGUCCGUUGAGACAUCAUUCGCAUUCACUCAUGCUCCAAGUGGUCAAGGUGGCUAUUUCCCAGCUGAGGUCAUCAACAACCAGCGCAAGACCAACUCUGUCGAUAUCUUUGCACUCGGAUGUUUGAUGUAUUACAUCCUCACUGAUGGUGGUCAUCCGUUCGGUGACAAUCAGCACAUCCGAGCAUUCAAGAUACUUCACAAUGAGUUUAACAUCAAUCAACUCACCGAUCAACCAUGUGUAACGGACCUCAUCAAACAAAUGAUAUCACUCGAUUCAUCGUCACGACCAACGAUCAACAUGGUGAUCAAUCAUCCAUUCUUCUGGGACAUCAACAAGAGGAUCAUGUUCAUCAAUCGAGUGUUCCAGACCAUCCAGAACCAACCACACUCAUACCUCAACAAAGUCAUUGUCAAUCAAUGGAACAAGUCCAUCGAUUCCAGGCUUUUGGAUCAACUCGAGUCACAAUACAACUAUAACAGUGCGAAGGACUUGAUUCGAUGCAUCAGGAACACGACACAACACCAUCAUCAACUGUUCAAGGAUGCUCAGAAGAAGACAUUAUUCUUUGAUUCACAACAAUCAGCAUUCCAAUACUUUGAACAAAGACAUCCAACAUUGAUCGUCCAACUCUAUCGCAGGUUCAUCAACACCGAUGAUGCAUCAUCUGACAAUCUCAAGGACUACUUUGUAUCUUGA